CUGCAUGAGCAAAGUGUGUAUAGCCCAUAACUGUUUAUGUUAUUUUUUUUUUUUUAUUCCUAUUUUAUUUUACUUAUUUUCUUAUUUGUAGUACUUUUUCAUUUUGCUUUUGUCUCUUGAGUUGCUGUAACGAUUGACUUUCACUGGUAUGGGAUUUUAAAAGACUACCUCACUUUAUCUUGGUUUUGAAUUCAGAGCUUUUACUUGUAGUGGAGUAUAUUAAAGUUAAACAUUCCUUGGUCAGAUGUGGCCUACUGAAAAACUGACCGUAUCCGGCCGUGACGUGUAUUAUCCGUUGCCACAGUAACCGUUUGUUUUACAUUUGACAGUUGAGAGGCAAAAUUAAUGACGACACAUUUGGCCGUUUUUCAACCACAAGUAGUAACGUUACGUGAUAAACCACCUGGGAUGAACAAUGUCUGUCCCGGAUCGCAGUUCCCGGCAGGGUGUUGGACCCAAUCUUGUGAAUAUUGAUGCUGUGCAGAACCACUCCGAGCUCUUCAGAGCAGACUGCAUGAGGCUAAUGCAGCAAGCUGACAAAGCAUGCAAACUAAUGCAAGGUGAUGACAACAGACGACUAGCUCAAAGAGUCAGUGACAUCCAGCAUCUGAAGAAGGAGUUGGAACUGCAGUUGGAGGAGAUUAUUGUGGAGAUUGAUGUCCUUAUAGCACUGCAGGGCAGAGUGGUAAAAGCACUGGAGGCCUGCAAAGAGCCUCUUACAGUCACCACUCUCUGUCUGGAGGAGAGAAUGAAACGUUUCCCCUCUGACAGGCUACGUGAUGAUGUGGAAAGAGAGCUGCUAAAGGAGAAAGAGGUUAUUGAGGGAGCGGCCUCUCUUCUGCAGAGUGUAUUAGAGCAGAUCACUGAGCAGAUACGAUUGAACCGAUCUGCCAAGUACCAUCUAGAGAAGGAUCUGAAGGAGAAAUCCAAGGCUCAGUGCAUUGAUAAUUCCUGUGCCUUAAGUACUACCAAUACCAUCAACAACCUGCAGAUCACCAAUACUGAACUGCCGAGCUUGACAGUGACUCCAAAGCAGUGGGAGAAAAUCUCAGACCUCAACAUUGCCAAAGCAGUGCAGCAGAAAACCAACUCUGUGUCCCUGCGGGCCCAGGUGGAGUCUGUUCUGGAGCAGACAGCCACUGACAUGCAGAAGCAGGUCCGGGACACAGCAGCAGCCCUCCAGCUGAAUAUCCAGAGGAUCAAGUCUGCCAAGAGCCAGAUGGAAGAUAAACUUACCAAGAUUCUGUCUGAGUUUGCAAACCAGCAGAGGAUUCCUGAGGAUCUGCAAGUGGCCAUCACAAACAGUGAACAAGCUUUAAGUUUGGCCCAGGCCCGCCUGGCUUUGCGCCAGCAGAGGCCUGGCAAAGAGCAAUGCCAUGAUCCAGCACAGUCCCAACUCCUCGCCGAGGUCCAGCAGCUCACCACUCACAUCAACAAACUGCGUGAGGCGGCAUCUCAGUCAGAAGAGGAGCAGAGGGCUCUAGUUCGCUGCCAGCUGGAGCUGCAGGAGAGCAUUGAGAUCAAGGCCAAUUCUCUCUACAUUGAUGAGGUCAUCUGUACCCAGCACAGGGAGCCCAUUAUCAUACAUAACUUCUGAGUAGUCAGACAUUCUACCUACAUACACAUAUUAUUUAUUCAUAUAAA